AUGAAGAAUCUGUUAACACUAGCUUUGCUUUCUGUCAUCAUUCAUGCCGCUAUUGGUACACUAUCGAACGAAUUGCCUUACGGAGGAAAAAAACCCAAAAGCUGUUUAGAGAUCAAAUAUAUCAACCCAUCAAUUAAUGAAAACGGCAUUUAUACUAUAUAUGGCAGCACUAAUGUGGCCUAUAAGGCUUAUUGUGACUUUAAAAGUGAUGCUCCGUUUGUAUGGACACUAAUUGAAUCAUUUGACCGCAAUAUUGGUGUUUGGGGCUCCAAGAUUCCGAAUGCUUGGCAUUUCCAACGUCCAUAUACCACCAAUGCUCCGCAUAACGAUGAUCAACCUGAAAAUUGGUCAGCUUUCAGAAUGCCUUUGGUAAGGAUGCGAUCAAUUAAUUCAGUCAAUACAACAACCCAUUGGAGAGUAACCUGCAACUUUAACGACUAUGCUCAGAAUCUUACUAAAGAUAUCAAUCGUGAUGACUAUCUUCGCAAUAAUAUAUGCGAUCUCAAUAUAGUGUAUACAUAUUCGUUUGCUUGUCAUCAGUUUGAUUAUGUAAGUGUUCGAGGGUAUUCUUGUGUCCGAUGUUAUUUCCCUUUCUGGGCAGCCAGUAAUUAUCAUCCGACGUUUUUGGCUUCCCAUACGGUUAACUAUUGUGGACGAUAUAAAUUCCCUGAAUCUAAUCCAUCUCAUCAAGAAUCAGACUUUGGCCAUUAUAAUGGUUAUAGCACCAAGCAUGCAUGUUCUUCUUACGGAUCAUCGACUGCAAACUGGUGGUUAGGAGGCCUUUAUGAACCUCAAACUCAUACUAUGUUGUAA